AUGGCAUCAAACAGCUCUCGAAAUGGUGUGUUACGAGUACACCACCACCCAGAGUACUAUCUCGAAGACGGUAAUGUCACCUUCCAUGUCGAAAAUCUCUUUCGUGUCCACAAGCACUUCUUUGAGUGCGAGUCGCAAUUUUUUGUCAAGGAGUUUGAAAAAGCUCCCCAGGAGGGAACUUCAGAUUCCACUGCAUUUCGAAUCGAUCGGGUAAGCACCGCCGACUUUGCGAAGCUACUAUGGGUCUGGUACGAUCCCUCGUACAGACGCGAAAGCAAACCGAAAGAACACUGGCUCACCAUACUCGAGCUCUCCACGAUCUGGCAAUUCCCAGAGAUGAAGAAACUCGCCAAAUACCACAUCCAUAAAUCGCUGCUAUUGCCUGCAUACAUGCUCCUGUGCAAGCGGGCGAGCCGAAUGUCCGCCGAGGAGGGUGAGCAGCUCAAGAUGCCCACUGUCCUUGGGAUACAUGAAGCUCGCGAGCGUGCAGCCAGGAGCGCAGCGGAGAGGGGGUGUCGUAGCCCAACCUCCGCUGAUGCAGACGAUGAGGAGCUGGAGAAGAUUUUGAAUGACGUGUUCAGUCUGAACGCCACUAACCGACAGGGCGCACAGCCGCAGGGGAAACCAAAUCCAGUGCCUAUCAUUAAGAAGCCGGAAGCGAAUGGAGCCGCUAAUGGCAGUAGGUCGUCUGCUUCAGGUUCGGAUGAUGAUAAGCAGAAGGAAGCCGACAAAAAUAAAGGCACAGAAAAGGGAAAGCAAAGAUGA